UCCAGGCCCCACCCCCACCCCGAGGGGAAAAGAGAACCCCCUUCCUUUUUCUUCUUCCCUCCAAUCUUCCUUUCCACUAAUCGAAAACCAAAAGAUGGCGAAAAAAUCCAAGGAUUCGAGCCAAAAAUCCUCCGACACCGUCAAAUCACUCUUCGCCGCUGACAACCCCUUCCGCCGGAAAGUCCAGCCGGCGUCCCCCACUGCCCCGCCGCCCCAGCAGCUAGGGUUAGGGUGGGAUACGGCCACCGGCGAAGACGAAAACCCUAGUCAUGGCCGCGCCGACGCCGGAGAGGAGAGGAAGAGAAAGAGGGAGAGCGCCGAAGCCCCAAACCCUAGCUCGGCCUCCGUCUCGAUCCCGAAGAAACGGAAGAAGCUCGAGGACGACGACGAGGAGGGGAGCGCGAAGAAGAAGAGGAAGAAGAGGAAGAGGGACGAGAUAGAGGAGGAGUACGAGAAGAGGACGUAUGGGGUGGCCGAGAAGAUGUCGGAGGAUGAGGGAGAGAAGGACGGGGUGGUUGCCGUCGGGGAGAAGAGGAAAGCAGACGAUAUCUCGUCGGAGAUGGUGAUCUCGAAGGAGUCCUUUGAUGAUGAGAGCAAGCUCGUGAGGACGGUAUUCGUUGGAAAUUUGCCGGUGAAGACGAAGAGGAAGACAUUACUGAAAGAAUUCGAGAGGUUCGGGGAGAUCGAGUCGGUCAGGAUACGAUCAGUGCCCAUCGUUGAUAGCAAGGCUCCGAGAAAGGCAGCCAUAUUUAAGGGGAAAAUCAAUGAUGCUGGUGAUAGUGUUCAUGCUUACAUCGUUUUCAAAGAUGAGCCAUCAGCGAAUGCUGCAGUGUCUCACAAUAUGGCAGAGAUUGGAGGAAACCACAUCCGUGUGGAUAUGGCAUGCCCACCUCGCAAGAAACUGAGAGGAGAAGGCCCACUUUAUGACAGAAAGAGGACUGUUUUUGUGGGUAACCUGCCUUUUGAUGUGAAGGAUGAAGAACUUUACCAAUUAUUUUGUGGGGUUAGCCCAUCUGAAUAUACUGUUGAAGCUGUACGGGUUAUCAGAGAUCCUCAUACAAGCUUGGGAAAGGGUAUUGCUUACGUCCUGUUUAAGACAAGGCAUGCUGCCAACACCGUUGUUAAGAAAAGAGACUUGAAGAUUAGGGAUCGUGUUCUGCGGGUCAGCCAUGCAAAGUCAUCAGAUGCUACACCAUCAAAGAGGAAGGACCCAGGGACAAAGAUGGAUUUCCCACAGAAGAAGUUGUCAGUUUCUGCUGGAGAAAAAUCUUUGUCGGAGGAUAGCAAACCCAAGCUCAAGGCAGCUGCUCUCUCCUAUCAAGGCCUGCGAUCGAGCAAAUCUGGUGUUGUGAAGAAAUCCAGAUCAUCCCUACGUACUAGCCAUGGGAACAAGGAAACUAAGAGCGCAGUAUGGACAGAUCAGAAGGUUCGCAAAGUUAAAAGGCCCGCUGUUGCCGCCAGGAAGGCAAAGCAGCUCACGAAGAAACGCAAGCAGGAGAGUGCAACCCCAGAAAAUACUCAUCAAAAUAAGAAAGCAAGAAGAAAUUGAGGCAGGUUUUUAGAUCGCUGUAUUGUAACAUGCAGCUUUUAGUAGUGCACUAUCAUAUCCCUUGUUUAACCCGGCUGCUGAUAGCUUGACAAACAGUAAAAAUAUUCCCCAUUUCCAAUAUUUAAGCAAAGUAUGGAUCUGCUUUUAACCUCUGUAGCAGUAAAAUGUUCCCCUAGUUACUAUUUUCAAAUUGUUCCCACUUCUAAUGUUAAGUGAAAGGAUGUUUUUAACCUAUGUACCAUUUCUGUUGAUGUUAC